AUGGUGAUGAUUCCUCAGAGAGUUAUGGAUGGUGCCCGUAGGGCGUACCUGUCUUCGAGUGGAUUUUUAUACAUGGAUGAUGGGUAUGCGUAUUGUUUCGUGGAUGGAUCCUGCAUGGAUCCUGUGAGGAACGCUGGUGUCGGAGUCUGGUUUGGACAAGAUCAUCUCGCAAACGUUUCGGAGCCCUUGCAAGUUCCUGGAACAAACAAUCGUGCUGAACUGUUGGCUCUGCUGUAUGCGAUCCACGCUGCCUAUGGAUGUGGUUUGCAGAUGAUUGAGAUCAGAAGCGACUCCAAGUACGCCAUCAAUUGCGUCAGAGUAUGGAUGAAGAAGUGGAAAAAGAAUGGUUGGAGGACAGCCACCAAUUCCCCAGUUGAGAAUCAAGCUGAAAUUCGAGCAAUCGAUGAAGCACACUCUCUUUUGCACGUGCGCUAUGAUUGGGUACCAGGCCAUUCCGGCGACCCCGGAAAUGACGCUGCGGAUAGGUUGGCGAAAGCUGGUGCUGCUCAAUCGUUGGCAAACUAUCGGCAAGAAUGUGAGCCUCAAGUGUCGAGGUUCAGUAGGAAUGAGUACAGGAAGUUCGACACUCGACAGGAUGCGGAAAACUACCUGAAUGAGCAAGGGUCUCAAGUUACUGUCAACAAUCGUAUCCUAAUGGAGCUUUUGCGAAUAGUAAAAGAUCUUGUGCGCAAGGUGCAUUCUCUGGAAUCAUCGCAUGAAGCUGUGAGAGGUGUGCCACAAUGUCCCUGUCCGCCAACUUGUUCCGGGAACGCGGAGAAACGUAGAGCCGAUACGGACAUCAUAUCAGUAGAACCUCCUUCCAAGAUAUUUAGGCCAGAUUUGGUGGUCAGAGAGCCGGAGUCUGUUGUCCCUUCCGCAGUCCGUGCAACGUAUGAAAAGCCUACAAUUCCUCCAAAAAUUUUGGAACAAGCACGAAAAGCGAAGGUCUCGGAUUUUGCUUUCACUCCUGAUGGAUUUGCCAUCUGUUAUACAGACGGAUCCUGCAACAGUUCAUUGAAAACGUCCGGAGUUGGAGUUUGGUUUGGACCGGAUCACGUUGCGAACAUUUCAGAGCCCCUGUCCGUUCCGGGCACGUUCAACCGUGCUGAACUGACCGCCGUGCUCUAUGCGAUCCACGUUGCAAAGGAAGCCGGUUUGAGUAAGUUAGAGGUCCGUACCGAUUCGCUGUACGCCAAGAAUUGCGCCGCUGUUUGGCUGCCGAAAUGGAAACAAAACAAUUGGCAGACAACCGCGAAUAAAGAUGUCCUGAAUCAAAAGGAAAUCCGAGCUAUUGACGAAGCCUUCAAUCAUGUGGAAGUGAAAUUUAAGUUGAUACGAGCUUUUUCCGGGGAAGAAGGAAGAGAAGGUGCGGAUCGAUUGUCGAGGCUGGGUGCGGAUGAAUCCUUGAGAAUUUCGAAGAGUUGAAACUGGCCCAUUUAUUGGAUGUCUGAAGCAUUUCGAAGAUUGUAUGAUCUCUAACAAUUUCCGGGAUUUUCUCGCCUGAAGCAAGCAGAAGUUGAACAACGAUUCAACUCCAAGCUUAGUGCAUUUGUGUGGAAAGCUUCUUUUGUACAGUGCUUAACUCUUUGGAAGGUCGCCAAGUUGGUCCCUCAAAUGCGCCGAGCUCACCAGUGCCAAUCGUUUUCGGGGCGCUCCAUUUUUUCGAAUCGUGAAUCCUGUUGUCACGGUAUGAUUGGAGGUUUCAAGGAAUACGAGGGUCGUCCCACUUCUGGCGUUGGAUAUAUUUCUAGAGUAGGUACAAUUGUAAAAGAAAAAAUUAGCUUAUGCAAUUGCAAGGUUCUGGGAUUUUUUCAGAAUUCUAUAAAAUUUUUAGAUUUACUGCUGGAUAAGUGAAAGCUUUCCAGUUCUUGUGAGAGUUCUUCGCCGACGUCACUGGCUGUUGAAACUUUUUCAGGCUGGACAAAAUAUUGAAAUUUAUUUUGUUUUUAUUAUAAACUCUCCUUCAUCUUUUGCAAUGUCUAGUUUUUGCCUGUGAUAUUUUCUUACUACUUCGAAACUGAUAAAAAUUUUUAUUUUAAUGUUCUGCCUCAAGGUUAGAAAGCAGGGUUGUAUAUGUCCAAGUACGGUUAAAUCUUUUCCCGUGAGUCAGCCAAUUUUCUUCCUGUUUGCCCAGGUUCCUCUCCUGUCUUCUUUAUUCUUCUUAUCAAUCAGGUAAAAAAUGAAAUGAACGAAAUUUAUGCAAAAAUUUCAUGGUAAAAAGAAAAAAUGGCAUGGGCAGAAACUAUAGGCCUUGAAUGGAGAACCUUGCAAUUGCCUGGGCUAUACUUUUCACCUGUAUACUUUUUACAACGGUACCCACUCCAGAAAUACUCUACAGGAACAGGAUAAAACUUCGAAUGGUGGCUUUCUGAGAAAAUUCGAGUUGGUAAAACGCGAACUUCUCCACAAUUGCUUUUUGGACAUUGUAAAAGAAGAUGUUUUGUUUAAAAAAAGGGAGGAAUCCUUGCAUGGGGAAAUUCGUCCCGAUUCUUCCGCAUCAUUUGGAAAAAUUUCGCAGAAAUAGUCGUGUAUGUAAGCAUGAACAAAAUAAAACAAACGAGCAAACUCAACAAGAACAUGAUCGUUGUGCUGUUGGAAAACUCUUCUGUUGGUUUUCGAAAUACCAACAUUGUCUGGUUGCUGUAUCAAGAAA